ACAAUUAAGUGGCCCUGAUGAUGUUACCAAGCCCGGUCACCUCCACCCCUUUCUCAGUCAAAGACAUUUUGAAUCUGGAGCAGCAGCAGCACUUCCACGGCGCUCACUUGCAGGCGGAUUUGGAGCACCACUUCCACUCGGCGCCCUGCAUGCUGGCCGCAGCCGAGGGGACACAAUUCUCUGAUGCAGGGGAGGACGAUGAGGAAGAAGAAGGUGAGAAACUGUCCUAUUUGAACUCUCUAGCUGCUGCUGACGGCCACGGAGAUUCGGGUCUCUGUUCCCAGAGCUAUGUCCACACGGUCCUCCGAGACUCCUGCAGCGGGCCCAAGGAACAAGAAGAGGAGAUCGUUAGGGACCCUAGCCAAAAAAGCUGCCCGCUGAAGAAGCCUCUGGAGGCGGCGGAGGACGGCGACAGGGACAGGCCGAAGCCGCGCAGCCGGCGGAAGCCCCGCGUGCUCUUCUCGCAGGCGCAGGUCUUCGAGCUGGAGCGCAGGUUCAAGCAGCAGCGGUACCUGUCGGCGCCCGAGCGCGAGCACCUGGCCAGCAGCCUGAAGCUCACGUCCACGCAGGUGAAGAUCUGGUUCCAGAACCGCAGGUACAAGUGCAAGAGGCAGCGGCAGGACAAGUCGCUGGAACUGGGCGCGCACGCGCCUCCGCCGCCGCCGCCGCCGCCUCCUCGCCGCGUGGCGGUGCCGGUGCUGGUGCGGGACGGCAAGCCGUGCGUGACGCCCAGCGCGCAGGCCUACGGCGCGCCCUACGGCGUGGGCGCCGGCUACUCCUACAACAGCUUCCCGGCCUACGGCUACGGGAACUCGGCCGCCGCCGCCGCUGCCGCCGCCGCAGCCGCCGCCGCCGCCGCCGCCGCGGCCUACAGCGGGAGCUACGGCUGUGCGUACCCGGGCGGCGCGGGCGGCGGCGGCGGCGGCGGCGGAGGGGCCUCGGCCGCGGUCCCCGCCGGGCAGCCCGCCUGCAGCGUCUCCGGAGGCGGCUCCUUCGUGAACGUGAGCAACCUGGGAGGCUUCGGCGGCGGCGGAGGCGGCGGCGGCGGCGCGCAGCCCCUGCACCAGGGCACCGCGGCCGGGGCCGCGUGCGCGCAGGGCGCUUUGCAGGGCAUCCGGGCCUGGUGA